AUGCCCAGCUGCGUUUGGUCCGCCUGGUGCGAAGCGGCCCCAGGCGCGAAAGCCAUCGAGCCGCCCGCCAGCCUCGCAGCUGCCGUGGAGGAGGAAGUUGAGGACUGCUGGCCUGCAGCAAUAACGGGAGAUGAUGGCGCUUGCAAGGGGAAGGACGAUGCGAUCAAUGGCAAAGGCACGAAGAGGGCCAGCCUCCAGGCGCCUGGCAAGGGUGCGAUGCACCUGCGUCUAGCGCGCUGCGAGCCAGUCCGAGGGUCGAACCGGAUGGACAGAGGCUGGAACGAGGGGGCUCAGGACCCCAGGCUGCCCGGAGAAGCGAGCAAGCCGUGGCAGCAGCUGUCGCUGCAUCCGUGGCGACGCAGGGCACGUCGCCUGCCCAGCCCAGCGCACGUGCCCGCGGACUCCGCCGCGUCCUCGGGCCCGCGGGGCGCGCUGGGCGCGCCCUCGGCCGCCCGGGGCUUCUCGGACGGCGCGGGCAGGCGGCGCGGCUCGUCCGCGGCGUCGUUCCAGCCGCUGGGCACCCACGUGGAGCUGCCCGGGAUGAGGGCGCCUCUGCCGACCAUCAAGCCUGAGGAGGAGGUCUACUCCUACCUGACCCCCGGCAUCCGGAAGACAACCGUCGAGGACCUCGCAGACAAGUGGGACAAUUUGGGCUUCACGAUUCGCCCGGUGAACGGGCACAUCAAGUACACAUGGCAAAACGGUCGUUGGGACAAGGGCGCGUUCGUUCCAGCGCCCUAUAUCCUGCUCCACAUCAACAGCGGAGCGCUUCACUACGGCGUGUCAGUGUUCGAGGGCCUGAAGGCGUUCGCCUGUAAAGACGGCAUGGUCCGCCUGAUGAACCCGCUGCUCAACGCGGCACGCAUGCAGGAGGGCGCCCGCAAGCUGCGGAUGCCAGAGGUUCCCUCCGAGAUGUUCGUGGAGGGCGUCAGCGAGGCGGUGAAGCACAACGCCGAGUUCGUGCCCCCUUACGGAAACAAUGCGUCGAUGUACGUGCGCCCCCUGCUCUUCGCCAGCGGCGAGAUGCUCGGCCUGUCGCCCCUGGCCCAGGAGUACACGUUCUUCGUCACCGUGCUCCCCGCCGGCGGCUACUUCGGCAGCGGCGCCGAGGAGGGCGUGGACGCGCUGGUCAUGGAGGAGUACGACCGCGCCGCGCCGAUGGGCACCGGAGCGGUCAAGGCCGCUGGCAACUACGCCGCGGACCUGGAGCCCGUGCACGAAUCCAAGGCAAAGGGCUAUGGCACGACGCUGUACCUCGACGCCAAGGAGCGCAGAUACAUAGAGGAGUUCUCGGUGUGCAACUUCGUCGGCAUCACGAAGGACGGCACCUUUGUUACGCCCGCGGCGGGUUCAAUUCUCGCUUCCACCACGAACAAGAUGCUACAGAAGCUGGCGGAGGCAGAAGGCAUGAAGGUUGAGGUGCGGCCUAUUGACUUCGACAAAGAGAUCGAGUCUUUUGAAGAAGUCGGCAUGUGUGGUACCGCCGCUGUGGUCGUGAAGGUGAAGUCCCUCACUCGCGGUGACAAGGUUUUCAAAACUAAGGGCUUCGACCGCUUGGCCAAGCUCCGCGCCAAGUUCACCGGAAUCCAGUGCGGUGAUGUUCCGGACGAACACGGCUGGAUGCUCGACGUGUGCCCUGUCUCUUCGAAGCAGUGA